AGCCGACGAUGGACCGGACGACCGAGUUCGUGCGCAUCACGCAGCUCUUCACGGACGCGCCGAUCCUGCUGGCCAAGCACCGGCCGCUCUCGGCGUACGCCCGCGUGGCGCAGCGCAUCUCGGACGCGCUCCUCGAGAAGGAGAUGCUGCUCCGCGGCCUCGCAACGCUGGCGCUCAAGAAGCACAUGACGGCCGAGGACGACCCGACAAAGGAGAUCUCGAGCAUUUGCGACAUCACCAAGCAGUCGUUGCCUAUCCUUGCGAAGGAGAUCAACGAGUUCCAGCAAGCUGUGCAAGGCGACAACCAGCAGCAGCGCCACUUUAGCGUGAUCUGCGCAUCGCUCAACUCGCGCAUGGCCAAGUGCGUCAAGGAGCUCCAAGACGGGAUGCAAACCCGCGCGAACGUCAUCAAGGAGAUCAACGACCGCCGAAAACGCUUCUCCCACGCAGGCCCGCACGUGCAGAUCAACACGCCACUGACGCUGCGCGCCAAGCCGCCGUCGCCGCCAACGAUACCUGCCGCGCCGCGCAUGGGCUCUGCGGUGCCCUACGCGAGCAGUAGCCAUCCGACCAGCAGCUACCCGCAUGCCGGCAACUACCAAACUACCGGCAACAGCAACUACAACCACCAUGCAGCCGUCGCGACCCCGACCGAGCUGCCGGGUGCACAGAGCGCGCCGCUGCUGCGACGUCGGCCCAACAUGAACCAGAACAGCACAGCGAGCGCCUACGUGCAGCAGCAGCAGCAGCAAGCGUCCAUGCAGCGCUACACGGCCCAAGCGCGACUGAACGACGCCAAGCACAUUGAGUCGACGAUCGUCGAGAUUAGCAGCAUGUACAACCGCAUGUCGUCCUUGAUUGCGAGCCAGGGUGAAGUCCUCGAGCGCAUUGACGACGACAUGACCACGGCGCAAAUGAACGUCGAGGCCGGGCACAACGAACUCCUCAAGUACUUUACGUCCAUGUCGGGCAAUCGGUCGCUCAUCCUCAAGAUUUUUCUGAUCCUCGUCGUCUUCAUCUACCUCUUCCUCGUCGUCUUUUAACACCAACAUGGAAUUUACCUACCGCA